UCGCUUUCUUUCGGCCAUUUCAACUCCACCUGCUGAACCCACGGACCGAGCAGCCGGACGGCGUCUGGAAAACACCCGAAGAUGAGUGAACAAGCCAUCUCCUUCGCCAAGGACUUCCUGGCUGGCGGCAUCGCCGCUGCCAUCUCCAAAACAGCCGUUGCUCCCAUCGAGAGAGUAAAACUUCUGCUGCAGGUGCAACAUGCCAGCAAACAGAUUACAGCCGACAAGCAGUACAAGGGUAUCGUGGACUGCGUGGUCCGCAUCCCCAAAGAACAGGGAUUCCUCUCCUUCUGGAGAGGCAACCUGGCCAAUGUGAUCAGAUACUUUCCCACGCAGGCACUCAACUUUGCUUUUAAAGACAAGUACAAGAAGAUUUUCCUGGAUGGCGUCGACAAGCACAAGCAGUUCUGGAGAUACUUUGCAGGUAACCUGGCGUCCGGUGGUGCGGCGGGAGCCACGUCCCUCUGUUUUGUCUACCCCCUCGACUUUGCCAGAACGCGUCUUGCUGCUGAUGUGGGUAAAGCGGGAGCGGAGCGGGAAUUCUCGGGCCUGGGAAAUUGCUUGGCGAAGAUCUUCAAGUCUGAUGGCCUCAAAGGCCUGUACCAGGGCUUCAACGUUUCAGUGCAGGGCAUCAUCAUCUACAGAGCAGCCUACUUUGGUGUCUACGACACGGCUAAGGGCAUGCUCCCAGAUCCCAAGAACACGCACAUUAUUGUGAGCUGGAUGAUCGCUCAGAGUGUGACGGCCGUUGCUGGUCUUGUGUCCUACCCCUUUGACACUGUCCGUCGUCGUAUGAUGAUGCAGUCUGGUCGCAAAGGAGCUGAUAUUAUGUACUCUGGCACUCUGGACUGCUGGAGGAAGAUUGCACGUGAUGAGGGAGGCAAGGCGUUCUUCAAAGGAGCGUUGUCCAACGUGCUCCGAGGCAUGGGUGGUGCCUUCGUGCUCGUCUUGUAUGACGAGCUUAAGAAAGUCAUCUAAGAUGAUUGGUGUCUCUCCACUGUUCAUGUUGUUAAAUUUAUCUGUAACAUAUCUUGUACAUUUGGAAGGACUUAAAUACCUGAGCAAAAUAUGUUUAUAGGGGACCAACUAGUAUUUUUUUACUAGUGGUACCAGGGGAAGCUGUUAUGCGUUUGUUUCUCGGCCCGUGUUUUUCCUAAUUUCUUUUUGUUUUUGUCCCUCAUGAGAAUUUCAUUCCCUAACUGCAAGAACUUUGCCAGAUAAAGAUAAAUAAAGGCAACCUACUACGUUAA